AGCGAGAGGAUAGGACAAGGAAGAGAGAGACCUGAAGAGACAUCUCAGAAGAAACAGCUUGAACUUCCCUAUUCCCAACGAACCCAGCGCCAUGGACACUAAAGGCUCAUUUUCCUGUGGCUUCCUCUUGCUGCUGCUCAUCCAACUCCAGUCCAGCAGAGCCAACCCUAUCUACAGCCUCAGCCCUGCCAAAGAACUGGCCAGCAUGGAGGCUCUGCUGGAGAGACUGGAGGAUAAGUUUGCAAUGAUUGAAGCCCUGGAGUCCAAUCCUGACCUGCAAGAACCCAAAACCCAGGAGGAGGUCCCACCAGAGCUCAUAGAUGACAGUGAUGACCAGAAGGCUGAACCCAGGCUAGCACCCAGCAACCCUCUGUCCUACAGGGACCCCUUCCUCAAGAGACUGAGGGGGCUGCAGAUGCCCAGGAUGAUGAGAGAUUCUGGCUGCUUCGGGAGGAGAAUUGAUAGAAUCGGCUCCCUGAGUGGAAUGGGUUGCAAUGGUUCCAGGAAGAAUUAGGACAACCUCCCUAUACCCUACUCUGAAGAAUGCUUUACAGUACCCGUUCCUCCCAAGAUGAAAGCCGGAUGCUUUCUAAGCUCUUCAACAGAAAGUGAUUCCUAUUUUUAUUUAUUUAUUUAUUUAUUUAUUUGAUGUUUUUUAAAGAACAUUUCUUACUCUAGCACCAAGAGACCAUCUUUAAAUAAAACUAACACAUUAGACAUCUAUGCUGGACCUCUCUCCUGUCUGUUGCAUUAAAAUUUCUUGUAUUUUCCUAAAGUCAAAAGGCCAUGCUUUAUUGGUACUCUGGUACCCACAAGGCUGGAUCUCAUUUACACAAGACAGAGAAAG